CAGUGCGCCUGCGCCACUUUAACAGGAAGUGUGUGUGUCUGUGUGUGUUAACGUUCUCUCCACCAGCUGAUCGGGCCACACUGUCAACAGUCGAGCCUGCGACGCGCCGCGGCUCCGAGACGACGACUGGAAAACACACACACACACACGAUAAAGACUGGUGGGGACAAGAGAGGUCAAGAGGUCACCAGACGAGAGACGACUUGACGUUUCCCAGAAGCCCCCUUGUGUCUCCGCUCCAGGGAGGAGGAGGCCACCAGCCCCCCCCCCCCCUGCCCGUCAUGAGCUCCAGAGGGAGCGGUGGCCGCUCCAACGGCACGUUGCCGCAGACCAAGAUCUGCCAGUUCAAGCUGGUGCUGCUGGGCGACAUGGCCGUGGGCAAGUCCAGCCUGGUGCUGCGCUUCGUCAAGGGGCAGUUCGACGAGUUCCAGGAGACGACCAUCGGAGCUGCCUUCCUGGCCCAGUCCGUGUGUUUGGACGACACCACGGUGAAGUUUGAGAUCUGGGACACGGCGGGUCAGGAGCGGUACCACAGCCUGGCGCCCAUGUACUACCGCGGAGCUCAGGCGGCCAUCGUCGUCUUCGACAUCACCAAGCCGGACACGUUCGAGCGAGCCAAGGCCUGGGUGAAAGAGCUGCAGCGGCAGGCCAGUCCCAACAUCGUCAUCGCUCUGGCCGGGAACAAGGCCGACCUGGCGGAGAAGAGACUAGUAGAGUACGAGGAAGCCCAGACGUACGCCGACGACACCGGCCUGCUCUUCAUGGAAACCUCGGCCAAGACGGCCAUGAACGUCAACGAGCUCUUCCUGGCGAUCGCAAAAAAGAUGCCAAAAACAGACACGCAGAAUCCCACACAUGCGGCGCGGCAUCGCGGCGUCAACCUCCAGGACCCGGACGCCCACUCGCCCCGAGCCUGCUGCGGCGGGAACUAGAACCUCCACAAGUUAAUCCACACCACCACCGCCACCGCAGCCCGUCAACCAUCAACCAACCGCAGGCGAGCGGCCCCCCGAGGCGGAAAACCCCCAAGUAUCCACGCACCCACUUCCCCUCCACUCAUCCUCCUCCUGAGCAACAAGCAGAUGAAUAUUUAAAAAGGAGAGAAUAAGAAAGGCACAAAGAGACAACGGAGAUUCUGCGUUUUGGGGAAAAGACGAGGUUGGAAGUUUUAGUGACGACUUGAGAUCCAGAGGAGUUCAAAUAAAGAGCGCGAGCCUGUCGUAGUACUUUAGCAACAAUUGUGAAUUUUCCGUUUUUCUUUUAUUUUCACUCGGCCUUUGCAACGUUUCCGUCCCGGUCCUGGUGUGAUGGUGUAGAAACAAAGUGAGCAGCACAUGUGGGCGAGUGGCCGAGACAGAGAAAAAGAAACGAAUCACACAAGAUAAAGAAGCCAAACAGAAAGUUUGUGGCUGCUCUUCUUUCCUCUUCCUGCUGGUGAAUAACGCCACAUAUUGAAACUCUGGAAUGAAAACCACGGUUCAUAAUCCCUCUGUUCCCGAGGCCCACGUCAGAUUAGACCCACGUCAGUUCGUCCUACAUGUAGUUAUUGUCCUGACCGAUGGUGGAGACGCUCCCGGUCGCCUCACACUCCUUUAACAAUCACAACUUCACAAAGAUUCUGAUUCAAUGUUCGUCUUCACCAGACUCUCGUCAGACUUACUUGUUUCCUGAAGGAUAUUUCGCAUAGCAACAAUAUAGACUUGAGUGUGAAGUAUUAAAGUCACAGGACUUUUAAUAUUUUUGCCCUGUACGCAUGAACAGGAAACAUCGACAGUAGCUGUAACUAAAUUACACGUCUGCAGCAGAGAUGGAAUCCGUCAGAUCCCCCAAAAAAGCUCCUGUUAUGAAAAAAAAUCUAAUCAAUCACUCAAAUGUUUCCAUCGUUACAGUCCAUGUCUGAUCGAUUGACAGGCAUCAGAUUAAUUCAAUAUCGGGGGCUGGAAAGGAAAAGUGAGUAAAUGUGCUGGUCUUGUGUUUCACUUAGUCUUCUGCCGAGUCGUUGGUGGACAUGAAGAAUCAGUUUGGUUUGAGUGAUGAAUUUAACUUAAUAUAAAAAUGCUAUUUAAAACGAGUUGUGUGAUCGAUUGCCGUCUUGAAGCUCGGCUGAAGAAAACGAGUUAAAGAGUGAUGAAAAACAUAAGAUGAAGAAAAAAACAGAAGUGCCUCUUCUCAGUUUGUCUGUUCGGAGCAGGAAGAACCGUCCGCUCGUAUCCGGACCAGUAACGUGGCUCCGCGUCGUUUGGCUUCACUGUGUCGAUCUCGUUGAAAACACUAUGUUGUAUAUUAUUAUUGUCUCUAAUUUUAAUGAAAGUGUUUGUUGACUUGAGCAGAGUGAACCUCGAGGGAUCGAUAAUCAUUUGAAAUCGAUGUAAUGAAUCUGUUUGAUUUGAAUUCUGCUUUGUUUUUUCUCAAUCAUGCAAAUUAAAUUAAAAAAGAAUAAGAAAUUAUAAAGAGUCUCGGAAUUCGAGUCCAAAGCUAAAAUGAUUUGCUCGUCUCCCCCCAAAGCGGCUCAUCAUGUACAAUAAAAUGAUCUGUUCAUUCUUCAGUGAUCACAAGUAGUUUUGUUCCAUCUGCACCUUCAGUAUGAUACGUGUUCAAUAAAGCUGUGACCGACUCCUGCA